CAAAUGCAACUAAUGCAAUUAGAUCAUCGGAGAGAAACUCUUCUGUACAUACUUGUGCUUAAUUUACACAUAAUUCUCGUUAUUCUCAUAGUUUAGCUAGAAAGAUCGGCCAACGUCUCAUAAAAUUCCAUCAUAAGAGAACGAAAACCAAGGUCCUGCAGGCUCCUUUGCUGCCGAUUAUAAAGUCUGUAGGAGCAUAAACACGUACACAACAACCAUGAGCUUGGAGGAUUUGCCACAAGACUGCUUCCAGCUGAUUUUAUCACUGACAUCUCCCAGAGAUGCAAGCCGUUCCUCGUUGGUCUCAUUGUCGAUUCGUGCCAUGGCCGAUAGCGAUAGCGUGUGGGAGAAGUUUCUGCCGGAGGACUAUGCAGAAAUUCUGUCCAGAUUAGUCACUCCGAUACCUUAUUCAUCCAACAAGGACUUGUUCAUCAAGCUCUGCGAUCCUAAUCUAAUCGAUGGUGGUAAAAAGAUGUUCUCAAUAGAGAAAUCAACAGGUAAAAAAUGUUACAUAUUAAGUGCAAGGGAUCUUUCAAUUACAUGGGCGUGCAAUCCUCUCUAUUGGUGUUGGAAGCGUUCGCUGCCUGCCUCCGAAUCAAGAUUUGCAGAGGUUGCUGAACUAAGAACAAUCUGGUGGCUAGAAAUAUGUGGCACCAUGAAAGCUCAAAUGCUAUCACCAAACACAGUUUAUGGUGCCUAUCUUGUUACCAAAUUGGCCAAUCGCGCAUAUGGUUUGGACUCAUUACCUUCUGCGGUUUCACUUGAAGUAGGCGAUUUCAAAUCACAAGGCUCUGUAUACUUGAGUAUAAAUCAGAAGGUAACAAAAGUAGAUGAAAAUGUGAGACCAAUUAGGGUUAUGGAAGAACGUCUUCGUGAGCGAAAAGAUGGAUGGAUGGAGAUUGAGCUGGGGAGCUUCUACAAUGAUGGUUGUUAUUGUAACAAGGAUGUGAAAAUGAGCUUAAAAGAAGUUAGGGGUGCACAUCUUAAAGGUGGCCUAAUUGUUGGGGGAAUUGAGAUUAGGCCAAAACAUUAG